GGAACUAAUUGCGGAAGUAGACGCUACUCUGUUCGGGUUCAGGGUUCCGCCUCUGACGGUCUUACCUCUACCCGAGACAGAGAAAAAUCUACAAUUUAACCACUUGAAUACAAAAUUUAGGCAAAGCAAAUUAGUUCUAAAGAAGACACACGAUGGCAGGACGGUUACCGGCGUGCGUGGUUGAUUGUGGCACGGGAUACACAAAGCUUGGAUAUGCCGGCAACACAGAGCCACAGUUCAUUGUUCCAUCCUGUAUCGCCAUCAAGGAGUCGGCGAAGGUGGGCGAUCAGGCUCAGAGGAGGAUGAUGAAGGGCGUGGAUGACCUGGACUUCUUCAUCGGAGACGAGGCGAUAGACAAACCCACAUACGCUACUAAGUGGCCUAUUCGCCACGGAAUCGUGGAGGACUGGGAUCUUAUGGAGCGCUUUAUGGAGCAGGUCAUCUUCAAGUAUCUGCGGGCGGAACCUGAGGACCACUACUUCCUGCUGACGGAGCCUCCUCUUAACACCCCGGAGAACAGAGAGUACACGGCUGAGAUCAUGUUCGAGUCUUUCAACAUCCCAGGCCUCUACAUCGCCGUACAGGCUGUCCUGGCGUUGGCUGCUUCCUGGACCUCCAGACAGGUGGGCGAGCGGACGCUGACCGGAACAGUGAUUGACAGCGGCGACGGAGUCACUCACGUCAUCCCAGUGGCUGAGGGCUACGUGAUUGGCAGUUGCAUUAAGCACAUUCCCAUCGCUGGGCGUGACAUCACCUACUUUACCCAGCAGCUGCUGAGGGAGAGGGAGGUGGGCAUCCCCCCUGAGCAGUCUCUGGAGACUGCCAAAGCAGUCAAGGAGCGCUUCAGCUACGUGUGUCCCGACCUGGUGAAGGAGUUCAACAAGUACGACACCGAUGGCUCCAAGUGGAUCAAGCAGUACACCGGCAUCAACGCCAUCAGCAAGAAGGAGUUCACCAUUGACGUGGGCUAUGAGCGCUUCCUGGGACCUGAGAUCUUCUUCCACCCAGAGUUUGCCAACCCUGACUUCACUCAGCCCAUCUCUGAGGUGGUGGACGAGGUCAUCCAGAACUGCCCCAUCGAUGUCAGGCGACCCCUCUACAAGAAUAUCGUGCUGUCAGGAGGUUCUACCAUGUUCCGCGACUUCGGCCGCCGUCUCCAGAGAGACCUGAAGAGAACCGUGGACGCCCGUCUGAAGAUGAGCGAGGAGCUGAGCGGUGGAAAGCUAAAGCCCAAACCCAUUGACGUGCAGGUCAUCACCCACCACAUGCAGAGAUACGCCGUGUGGUUUGGAGGGUCCAUGCUGGCUUCCACUCCUGAGUUUUACCAAGUGUGUCACACCAAAAAGGACUAUGAAGAGAUCGGGCCCAGCAUCUGCCGUCACAACCCCGUGUUCGGGGUCAUGUCCUAAAGUUCGAAUAGCCAAACUGGGACCCCCCUGCCCCCGCACCCCACCGGGGGCAACGGUCUGUGCUGCAGUCCCUCCUCAUCACCACCAGGGGGCACACUGACAGCUUACUGACAGCAAAGCGAGGAGGCACAGACAAGACCACAACAUCCACCUGAAAAAGAUGACCACACCCCAUCCCAUCCCCCCGCCCCCUCUCUUUCAGACAGCCAAUCAGAUACGCUUUGCUCGACAACCACCUCUUAAAAAAAAAAAAAAAAUCCGCAAGACACCAGGUUGUAACGCCAAAACCAUGACUAAAACUCGCAUACUUCUCCCCAGCGACGUGGGUUGACCCAAUUGUUGACGGUUAUGAUAAUAAUGAUGAUUUAUGAUGAUAUUAUUGAUAAUUAUAUAUAGUCAAAAAAAAUAACAAACAGUGCCCAAUGUGUUUUCUUUUUGUUGAUGACUCGAGAUAAGAUAUCGCUAUAAGUACGAGGUGUAAGUGUCAUUUUGUCAUGGAUCAUUUUUGAAUGCACUUCUCGCUGUGUACCAGGGAAGAGAAGUUCGUUUUUUAUAUAUAUAUGCAAAGAGGAAAAAAAUAAAAUAAAUGAAAUGAGACAAGGCCUUGAAAGACCAAUACGUGGCUCGGCUUAUCCAAACUGUGCGCAGAAUAAGUGGCCCAACUCUCUUUCUGCUUGCAUUUUUAAUAUGGUCACGCUUCAAGCAGUUUACUUCUUCAUAUAGUUUUUUCUUUCUUUUGGUUUCUAUCUCUUUCUUUGUUUUUGUCUGAAUAACUUCCAUCACGAGCACUUACACUGUGCCGAGGAUGUCUAUGAGAAAGAAAUUUGAUAUUGAUUAAGGAAAAAAAUAAUGCUAUUAAAAAUGACUGUUGGACCAGUAUUAUAAUAGUCUUGGACGUCAUUUGUCUGUGACCAAGUUACCAAAUUUGACGGAUAAAAAUGCCUGUGAACAUUCCAAUAAAGGCAUACACUCCUUUCUA